AUGUCGUCUGCCGGGGAUUCCAGUCUACCUGAAACAAAUGGUAUAGACCUCCUCAUCCAAUGGAAGAAGGAUGGAUCCAGGCACUACGUUGAUUCGAGAGAUGUUUGGUUCUUUAAGAAGAAUCCAUUAAGGAAAGGGACCAACGUGAAGAUGAAAGAUGAACGUGGGCGUUGGUGGGCAGGGAAGGUACUUCAAGUGAUUCAUCGUACCUCAUCAGACGAUGCUGAUAGUGUCAACACAGUUCCCUCCUUUGCCUCAGUGCAAAAUGAUGUCAUGGAUCCCGAUGAUAUGCCUCUAAAGCACCUAGUCCAUAAUGGGGAUGCUGAUUGGGACAACAUGGAUGCCUCCUUUGCCUCAGUGCAAAAUGAUGUCAGUGAUCCUGAUGAUGAUAUCCCGCUUAAGCACCUAGUACAUAAUGGUUCCUACAGCAAGAUGAGUAAGCAGCCAAGCAAACGUGUGGCAGAUAGUGCCAUGUCCCUGAAGCAUGUGCCUGCUAAGAAGUCUUCCAAAGAUAUGAGCACUGAUUACACAAAAUGCAUCAUAUGCCAACAAGAGUCUUUGAUGAGUCUAUACUUCAUCCAGUUAACAACAUAUUCAAAGCUUAUACAAGCCAUGUUCGCUCGACAAGAUGAAGUGUUUAACAGAAUUCACACCGAGUCAGCAUCAGAAACCUGGUUGGAGGAAAAUGCACCAAGGUGGCAUGCAAAAUGUCGUAACUGGUACAUACAUGAGAAAGGCUACCAGUGUGCUGAAAAGAAACGUCUUGCUGAUAACCCGAGUACAGAAGGUGAGUCUCAUGCAGGAUGCAGCUCAUCGCAGUCAAAGCAACCUGUCAAGUUAACCCGUCAGAACACUGAGAGUUUUGAAGCAAAGAAGACAUGUAUAAUUUGCGAUAAGAAGUGGAAGUUGAAGGGAAAGGGGCCAGUGUGUAAGGUAUCAACAAAGAGCAGUCAAAUGUCGAUUGAGGAGAGGGCAAGGAAGCUGGGCAGAGAUGACAUAUUACAGAGGCUGAUUGGGCAGGGACAUGAUAUGAUUGCCAAUGAUAUAACCUAUCAUUCAACAUGUAUGAACAAAUUCAAGGCUCUUCGCAUUCAUUCUGGUCAGCCAAAAUUAAACCCUUAUGAUGUUGCAUUCAGCCGACUAGUAGAUGAGCUGGAAGCUCCUCUUUUCCAUGAUCCGUCCGGAUUCCUCGUAGAAUCACUCCGCGAUAGGUACCGAGACAUUCUUAUGGAUCUUGGUGUCGAUAAAGGAAAUCAAUACCGGGCGACUGUCUUGAAACAGAAGUUACAGGAUCACUAUGGGUCACGUAUUUCAGUCCUCAAUCAAACAAAAGGUUCGGGAUUUAUAUGUGCUUCCACAGUACCACUUGGUGACGCACUGGAUAAACUGAGGCGCCUAGAAGGAGACGAAAAACACCAUACACUUCUGCAAGCAUCAAAGAUUCUUAGAGCAGAUUGUGAAAAGUGUAAGAAAGAGACUCGUGAGAAAAAUUCAACUGAGAUUUCCUUCACAUCUGCAUACAACAUGGUUCCAUACUCGCUUUUCAACUUCUCAGCAAUGCUGCUCAAAGACCAUGUACCAGAAUUGAGUGAAGGAGGUAAAGUUCAUGUAGACCAGGCAACAGCGGAAAAGGCUAUCAUCAUGUCACAGUAUGUCCUACAGCAUGUAUUUGGCAUACCCACACCUCUAGGAAUUUCCACUGCAUACUACAUAUUCAAUCAGACACGAAGCAAAUCACAAGUAGUGAUGAACAACCGAACUGGCUUGGGGAUCAGUUAUGAACGUCUUCAUCGGCAACUGACAGCACAGAGUGUGAAGGCCAUGCAGCAGGUUGAAACUGAUGGUGUUUACAUCCCAGAGACAAUGGCAAAAAACAGUGAAAUUCCCCAUGUGUUUGCCAUGGACAAUCUGGACUGGAAGAAGAAAACACUUGAAGGUGGAAGUUUCAAUGCUACUACUGCAAUCGUCAUUGAAAACCAGGAGUUGGAGAGGGCCCAGGAAGGCACUAGACUGCGUACUUCCACGUCAGACAGAAGAAAAACUCUCUUUGAUGUUGAAGACCCACCUCCUUCUACAUGCCAUAUCUCAGCUAGAGACAGGCAGACAUCUAGGUCACUUCAAUGCAUAGAGAAACUGGAGAGUCUGAUGACUUCUUCAGAUGGCCAGGCUGAGGAUGUUUUGCUUAUGUGGCGCCUCGGUAGAAUGAUUACUACUUCGCAACUGUUGGAUGCUCCUACAGAUUUAGGAGCAGGACUUCCAGGCUUUUCUGCGUUCUGUGCUGACCUCCACCCACAUAGACAGGCGAGCAUCAUUGGCUACCUUCCUCUGAUCCCAUCCUCUCCAACCAACCCUACUAUACUAAAGGAAAUGAUGAUUCGACUUGUCAAGACAUCACGUGCACUUGGCGACAAAUACACAAUUAUCACUGGAGAUCAGGCAACAUAUGAGCUCGCCGUAGCCAUCAGAGACAAGCAUCGUAAUGAGUUCAGCAAUGUGGUCUUACUGCUGGGUGGCUUUCAUCAAGCUCACAACUACAUGAAAGCAGUUUGCAAGAUCACCAGGGAGGCAGGUGCAGAAGAUCUUCUCGUUGCAGCUGGUCUAUGCCAGGAAGGGACUGCCAAGAAGAUGUUUGGUGAGAAAGCUGACUACUACCAGACCAUACAUGCCCUGAGAAUCCUAAGCGAAGCUAUGUGGCGCCUCUACUGGGAAGCAUUUGAGACAUGGGCAGCAGACAGAGCAACAGAUCACUGGCAGCCUCAGGUGGAAUCUGUCUUGAAGAUGCUCUUUGAAAAAGACAUCCCUGCCACUGAAAAGUUGCAAAUGCUUCGGAAUUCCCAUGAACAGUUAUCAGCCCUGCGGGAACAGAUGAUGCUUUUCCAAGAAUCAAUGGUUGAGCAGCCAACAGCAAUCCUAUGGUCCACCUUCCUGAUUAUGUCAGAUGUUCUCCAUAGAUUUAUCUACUACCAGCGAGAAGCUGACUGGGUAGGACACCUCUGUGAAUCAUAUCGAAUGCUACCUUACCUCACAGCAGCAGGGCAUUACAAAUAUGGGCAGCAGUCUCUCCCACUCUAUCUUGAUGAGAUGAAGAAACUUCCUGAAACAGCCCCUGAUGUACAUGAAGCACUUCUGGCGGGUGCAUUUGUUGGAAGGAGAGCAGACGGCAAGCACAAUUGUGUUUCUCCUGACAUGCUUCUUGAACAGACUUACAAUGCCGAUGCCAAGGAAGCUAGCGGUCUUGACGGAAUUACACUAAACCCUGCCGCACGGAUGAAAUGGGUUUACACUAAACCCAUCACUGCAUCUGUCUCUGCACAGUUGAAAUCAAUGCUACAUCUUCAUUCAACCAGCCCUCAUCAUGAAUCUGGUGCAUGUCGAGUAACAAGGGAUGCAGAGAUGGUCAUCAAGGUAAUGGCAGCAGUCGAGACGAAUCCAUUCAGUGCAACCACGACAUCCCUGAUAAAUGUGGCAACUGGGCAAUGUGCUGAUUGCAAAGUUAAGGACAACUUGACCAGUGUUAAACAAAUAGGCCUGGAUGCACUCUCUAAGUCACUGUCCAGUCUUCAGAAGAAGACAAGUAUUGUGAAGCUGAACACGUUCCACACACAAAACAAGAAACAAAAGAAGUCUGCGCCCCAAACAGCUAAAUCGGGGAAGAGUAAUGAAGUAACUGCUCUUCUGCGAAUGACACAGAUCGUUGCUAGUGGUGGAGAACUAGACAUUGUUGACUUCAUAGGGAACCACGAAUGCAAUGAAUACCCACCGUCUCUCUUUCAAGAUGAUGGCAGAAUGAGAAAAGGUACCAAAUCAAGCCUCGUGAAAACCCUGAAAGAGGUGACCAAAGUUACCAGCACGCCUGAUCUGCCCCAACAUGUCAGAAAGACAGCAGUAGUCAUUGAUGCCAUGUGUGCCAUCCGACAUUGGUCUUUCAACAAAGGCGAACGAUUUGGAACCAUUGCUGAACGAUACAAAUACCUGCUACUGAAUGAUGUGCCUGCUGGUACGGAGUUCAUACACUUCUGCUGUGACAGGUACAGCGGACCAAGCUUGAAGUCUGCUGAGCAAGAGCACAGGUAUGCCCGAUCUAAACCCGCCCGGGAAUAUGAAGUCAGUGACCAUUACACAGCUCCUGACCCACAGGAAUUCUUUGCAGUGGCUGCAAACAAGGCUAAUCUCCAAAACUAUCUAUGCGAGAAAUGGUGUGAGAAUAAGCAUCUGGAUGACAAUGUAGGCCCAACCCAUCUCUAUCUGGGCGGUGGAUUCACAGAAGAGACUAAGACUGUAUUGAUCACAAGAGAGUCUGUUAUGGAUGUUCCAGCUCUUGAAUCGACUCAGAAGGAGGCUGAUACAAGGGUAAUUCUGCACACCCUGUACAGUGUCCAAAAUGACAAAGUUGAAAGGGUAGUCAUCCAUGCCAAUGACACAGAUAUUAUUAUCACGUGUCUACACUAUGGAGCGACAUACCUGAAAGAUCUACCAGAACUAUGGAUAAGGACAGCCAAAGACUCAUACUUGCCGAUCCAUGAAAUGGUGGUAGCACUGGGAGCUUCACCGUGUCGUGCAAUGCCCUUCAUCCAUAGCCUGAGUGGCAGAGAUACAACAAGUUAUCCAUUCUUCACCGGCAAGAAGGCAUGGUUCAAGCGCAGCUUGAGUCUUGACAUACCCACGAUUGAACAGUUUGGUGAGAAUCCAGCUGACGUUGUAUCUGGAGACCUAAUCAAGGAGGCAAGGGCCAUCACGACUGCUGUUUACACCUCAGCAAGUGAUGACUUCAAUGAGUCUGAUCUAGGCAAAAUCAGGGCAUACAAGUUUUUGAACAACAGAUCUACUCUCCUAAGGCUCCUGCCCCCCACAGAGGACGCAUUUCUUCUACAUGUAAAGAGAGCUGCCCUUGCAACGAUGAUAGAUAAGACAGCACACAUUGCCAAGCCUCAAAUCCCUGCCUGGACAGAAUUUGGGUGGAAUCUGGAUGGUCAGCACGUGCUUCCUAUUCCAAGUACCCAUGAAGCCUGGCCCGUUUCGAUGAAGAAGGCUAUAUCAUGCGGAUGUACUAAAGGGUGCAAGAAGAACUGCUCAUGUGCCAAGACGGAAAUACCAUGCUACAUAGGGUGCCGUUGCCAAGGACUAUCAAGCAAAUGUAGCAGGGUGCAGGAGAUCGAAUUUGACAUCGGAGCAGCGAAUAUCAGUGACAGUAGCAGCGACUCAGACAGUGAUUUAAGAAAGAAAAACAGUGAUGUCGGAAAUGAAGAAUAGUCGCUUUAAAUGCAACUACGAUAUACCGGGCCAACUUGAAUGACCCUGGCCCUCUGGGACUUGAGAGUUAUGUCAUCCCAGAUUCAAGUCUGACAGCUUCCAGUGAGUAUAAUGCUGACCAUGGUGCAAAGAGAGGUCGUCU